GCGCUCGGCGGCGGAGGCGCUCUGUCCGGCAGGAAGCGUCUCUGCGGCAUCUCCGUCCACGCGCCAGCCAUGGCGCCCGCUCCGGCCGUCUUGACCCGGCUGCUGUGUGCAGGUGUGUGGCGCUGGCCAGCUUUCCUGCAGAAGGCGACCCCGGGCCCGGCGAGGCUGAAUGCUAGGAUGGUGACAAGAGCCCAAGUCCCCGUGGUCAGCGAACUCCAGGAUGGCGACGAUCUCCAGAGCAGGAUCCUAGAUGUGCCGCUGCAGCAUUCGGACUUCUUCAAUGUCAAGGAACUGUUUUCUGUGAAGAGCCUCUUCGAGGCCCGAGUACACCUGGGCCAUAAAGCCGGUUGCCGGCACAGGUUUAUGGAACCAUACAUCUUUGGUAACCGCCUGGGCCAAGAUAUCAUCGACCUGGAGCAGACAGCCCAGCAUCUGCAGCUGGCCUUGAACUUCACGGCCCACGUGGCCUACCGCAAGGGCAUCAUCCUGUUUGUCAGCAGGAACCGGCAGUUCUCUCACUUGAUUGAGAGUACAGCCCGGGACUGCGGAGAGUAUGCCCACACCCGCUACUUCAAGGGUGGUUUGCUGACUAACGCACAGCUCCUCUUUGGGCCCACGGUCCGCCUGCCAGACCUCAUCAUCUUCCUGCACACACUCAACAAUGUCUUUGAACCCCAUGUGGCUGUGAGGGAUGCUGCCAAGAUGAACAUCCCCACAGUGGGCAUUGUGGACACCAACUGCAACCCAUGCCUCAUCACUUACCCUAUCCCCGGCAACGAUGACUCACCCCAAGCCAUCCAUCUCUUCUGCAAGCUCUUCCGGACAGCCAUCAACCGGGCCAAGGAGAAGAGGAGGCAGAUGGAGGCGUUGCAUCGGCUGCAGAGUUCCCGGGGGUCUGAGGGCAGUGGGACAUCUUCUGCGCCUGAUAAAAGCCAGUGCCCGUGACAGGAGCACCUGCUCCUACGCUAGAUAGCCAAGCCUGCUCUGAGCAGGAAGCUCCUUGUCCUAUAUGCCCAAGAGCUGGCCACCCCAGAGUCUGAUCGUCCUGAAUUAAACCUUGUCUGCCUCUUUGUGGGGAACAAACCCAA